GGCCGGCCGUCUCGGCAUGGACGGCAACGGCCGGGCAGAGAUCGACUGCACCGGCCAGGGCGCGCUCUUCGUCGUCGCUCGCUCGGACCUCACCAUCGACGACUUCCGCAGCUUCUUGCCGUCGCCGGAGCUAAGGACGCUGUUUGUUCCCCGCGUCGAAGACCACUCGCCGUCCGUCUUGUGCGCUGUCCAGGUGACCUUCUUGAAGUGCGGCGGGGUGGCAUUAGGGACGGCGCUGCACCACGUCGCCGUCGACGCCAUCAGCGCGUUCCACUUCUUGCAGAUCGCCAUGGGCGGCGGCUCGGCGGCCCUAGAGCUCCCGUUCCACGACCGCACCCUCCUCCGCGCGCGCUCCCCACCCUUUGUCCACCCCGACGCCUUCUCGGUCUUCAGCCCCCAGCUGAAAUUAUCCGUCGAGCCGUCGGAGACCGUCGUCACCCAGGCUUUCGUCGUCUCCAAGGACCAGGUCACCGCUCUCAAGCGUGCCUGCGUCGGCGGCGACGGCGGCCGCGUGAGCACGUUCUGUGCCCUGAGUGCCCACGUGUGGCGGUGCGUCUGCGUCGCCCGCCGGCUGCCACCGGACGCUACCACCCGCCUGACCUUCCCGGCCAGCGUCCGGCGCAGCAUAAGGCCACCACUCCCGCCUGGCUACUGCGGCAACGGGAUCAUCUGGCUUGGCGCGGCUGGCAAGGUGCGAGACGUCACCUCCUCGGAGUCGGAGGACCUGGUGUUCGUGGCCGGCCAGAUCAACAGCGCCGUCCGUCGGAUGGACGACGAGCUAGUGCGCUCGGCGAUAGACUACUUCGAGCUCACCGAGAUCAACAGCAAGCCGGCGCCGGGGCGCAUGCCAGAGACGGAGCUGCGGGUGAUCAGUUGGCUUGGCAUGCCGGUGUACGACGUGGACUUCGGGGGGGGGAAGCCGCUGGCAAUGCUGCGCGCAGUGUCGGAGCGCGCCGGGUUCGUCUAUCUGAUGGACAGCGGGAAGGGGGACGGCGGCGUGCGCGUCCUCAUGUGUACGGAGGCCGCGAUCCUCAACGACUUCCAGCGCCUACUGUACGCCCGGUUCUAGCUCCAGGCGCGGCUCCACCACCUCCACCUCCACCUCCAUCUCCAUCUCCACCUUGUCCACACCCACCGUCUCCAAAGAUCAGAGUACGGAUUGGGCCUUUCACCCUGUCAAUUUAUCAAACACCUCCACUGCCACCACCAAGGUAUUUUUGGAACUUCCGUUGGGGAGCCACGUCACUCUCGUAUUGUGCCAGUAUUUUUUUUUUUUGGCGUGAGAAAUUUUCAAUCAUGUAAUAAAAAUUACAACCAUGUUUGUGGAUCAUCUAACAACGACUA